AUGUUCCAGCUCCUGCGACGCCUCGCGAUGCCGGCGGCCGCCUGCGACGGGAGCAGGGAUGGUGACUCCCGGUACGCCAACCUCUUCAGGAAGCUGGACCUCAACGAAGAUGGGAAGGUGGAUAUCGCCGAGCUCCAGACGGGCCUCCGGGCCAUGGGCAUCCCCCUGGGAAGAGAGGCGGAGGAGAAAAUUUUUAAAGCUGGAGAUACUAACCAGGAUGGACAGCUGGAUUUUGAAGAAUUUAUGCAGUAUCUUAAAGAUCAUGAGAAAAAGAUGAAACUGGCAUUUAAGAGCCUGGACAAAAACAAUGAUGGAAAAAUUGAAGCAUCAGAAGUUGUCCAGUCCCUCAAGAUAUUGGGUAUAAGCAUUUCAGAAAAACAGGCAGAAAAGAUCCUGCAAAGUAUUGAUGCUGAUGGGACAAUGACAGUAGACUGGAAUGAGUGGAGAGAUCAUUUUAUGUUUAAUCCAGCUACAGACAUUGAGGAAAUAAUUCGAUAUUGGAAACAUUCCACUGUGUUGGAUAUAGGAGAUAGUUUGACUGUUCCAGAUGAGUUCACGGAGGAAGAGAAAAAGACUGGACAGUGGUGGAAACAGCUGUUGGCAGGAGGAGUGGCUGGUGCUGUGUCUCGGACAGGUACAGCACCGUUAGAUCGCCUUAAAGUGAUGAUGCAGGUUCAUGGUUCAAAAUCAAACAAAAUGAAUAUAGCCAGUGGUUUUAAGCAAAUGUUGAAAGAAGGUGGUGUCCGAUCCCUCUGGAGGGGAAAUGGUGUAAAUGUUGUGAAAAUAGCUCCUGAAACAGCUAUUAAGUUCUGGGCUUAUGAACAGUAUAAGAAGAUCCUGACUAAGGAUGAUGGUAAGUUAGGCACCGUGGAAAGAUUUGUAUCUGGUUCUUUGGCUGGAGCAACAGCACAAACUUCUAUUUAUCCCAUGGAGGUUUUAAAGACCAGAUUGGCUGUGGGUAAAACAGGGCAAUAUUCUGGGAUGUUUGACUGUGCUAAGAAGAUCUUAAAAAGAGAAGGUGUAAAGGCCUUCUACAAAGGCUAUAUUCCUAAUAUUCUGGGUAUAAUUCCUUAUGCUGGGAUUGACCUUGCUGUUUAUGAGGUCUUAAAGAGUACAUGGCUAGAACACUAUGCAUCAAGCUCCGCUAACCCAGGUGUUUUUGUAUUGUUGGGAUGCGGUACUGUUUCCAGCACAUGUGGGCAGUUAGCCAGUUACCCUCUUGCUCUUAUCAGAACACGCAUGCAGGCUCAAGCCUCAGUGGAAGGAGCUCCACAGCUAAACAUGGUCGGUCUCUUUCAAAGAAUUAUUGCUGUAGAGGGAGUCCGAGGACUUUAUAGGGGCAUAGCCCCUAAUUUUAUGAAAGUGCUUCCAGCUGUCAGCAUCAGCUAUGUUGUAUAUGAAAAAAUGAAGCAGAAUUUGGGAAUAGCAUGAAAUGAAGAAAAAAGGUGAGAUGCUUCUACUGUUGUUGGAAACACCAGAACAAAAAUGAUUUCUCAAGUAAUCUGCUCUCACAAUUAGAGACAGAUCUUUGUGGAGAGAUGCUGCAACUUCUACUUUUGCCCUGAAGUGGGAGGAAACUUUCUUAAAUGCUAGUUCACCAUUUCUAAACAGAUACCUAUAUUGCACUUUAAAAUGUCACUGCGUUUAAAAAAAAAAAAAUCAAGAAACUAUCUUUAAAUCA